CAACGAUUUAAAAUUCACACUAAACCGGAGUACCCUCAAACCGGAAAAUACCAUAUCAAAUCAAUAAACAAUUUCUUACAAAGUUCUGUUUUGUACAUUAUUCUUACCGGAGAUUAUAUAAAUCUAUUCAAAUACUAAACUCGAUUGUGAAACUUGAUUCGAAAUUGGUUUACGUGUAUAAGUUAAACCAAACCGGAUCGCAAACCGGAUCUUAUCGCACCUUUUUUUCUUUAAGUGUCACUUGUAUAUUAUUGGUAAUAAAGUACUUACUUAUUGUCUGAUCCUUCCCUUGUUUCAACUCUUCAGAUUUGUCUAGAUUUCCACAAAAGAUGCAGUACAAGAACUUGGGGAGAUCAGGUCUGAAAGUGAGCACACUCUCUUUCGGAGCGUGGGUCACUUUCGGCAACCAGCUCGAUGUGAAAGAAGCCAAAUCGAUUCUUCAGUGUUGUCGUGAUCACGGAGUCAAUUUCUUCGACAACGCCGAGGUUUACGCUAAUGGCCGAGCUGAGGAGAUUAUGGGCCAGGCGAUUCGUGAGCUUGGUUGGCGUAGAUCCGACAUCGUUGUCUCCACCAAGAUCUUCUGGGGUGGUCCUGGUCCUAACGACAAAGGUUUGUCGAGGAAACAUAUCGUUGAAGGAACCAAAGCUUCUCUCAAAAGACUUGAUAUGGACUAUGUUGAUGUGUUAUAUUGCCACAGGCCGGAUGCUUCAACUCCUAUAGAGGAGACAGUGAGAGCUAUGAACUAUGUGAUUGAUAAAGGUUGGGCGUUUUACUGGGGGACAAGUGAAUGGUCGGCUCAACAAAUCACAGAGGCAUGGGGAGCUGCUCAGAGGUUGGAUUUGGUUGGUCCAAUCGUUGAACAGCCUGAGUACAACAUGUUCGCUAGGCACAAAGUUGAGUCAGAGUUUCUUCCUCUGUACACAAACCAUGGCAUUGGUCUAACUACUUGGAGCCCACUUGCAUCCGGUGUUCUCACUGGUAAAUACAACAAGGGAGCUAUUCCAGCAGACAGCCGAUUUGCAUUGGAGAACUACAAAAACCUUGCCAAUAGAUCACUUGUGGAUGAUGUUCUGAGGAAAGUUAGUGGUCUCAAGCCUAUUGCAGAUGAGCUAGGUGUUACCUUGGCUCAGCUUGCAAUAGCAUGGUGUGCUUCAAAUCCUAAUGUUUCAUCUGUUAUCACUGGUGCCACAAGGGAGUCACAGAUUCAAGAAAACAUGAAAGCUGUUGAUGUGAUCCCAUUGUUGACACCACAUGUUCUGGAUAAGAUCGAGCAAGUUAUACAGAGCAAACCUAAACGUCCUGAAUCAUACCGUUAAAAAACAGAUCCUGAGAUCUCUCUUUCCCUAUUGGAACGGUUUCAAAAAGAGUGUUGCAGGUAAAAAAAAAGGAGCUCAUUUGGAGCUCUGGGAUAUUAUCUUUGUGUUGUUCUCAUGCAUUUUAUGACUCGAGAGGCAGAAGAGUACGUUAUAUGUGUGUUUUGUUAGUUUUGUUGUUUGUAUCAUUUAAAACGGUCUUGUAUUGUUUGUGAAACUUAAUAUUUGGCUCUUGUAGCUGCAAUGUCAUAUGACAGAAACAAACACCAAUAUUUAAAUUACACUGUUCACC